GUCACUUUAACAUUUAUCCCUCAGCUCUUUGCAUAAUAUGCUAGUUAAAACCACCGUCUUUCGAUCUGUACUGUAAAAUAAGUGAAAAGUGUUAUAGUGACGCCGUAAAAAUCGAAAGAGAAAGUAUAAACAGAGAGUAACUCAUUGCAGAUAUGACGUUUUGAAAAAACGCUCAAGAAAUCACUAUAUGAUGGGAGGCAUUUUCGAAAGCAGGAGUAGUAUUCAAAAUCAAGUUAAGUUGUAGACAACAAAACACCCUCACAGCGACAAUGUCAUCAGAAAACACAAUGCCAAGUACAACUCGUGAGAUCGUCAGUCCGAUACACCAUGAACCAGGAACGGAUCGCCGAGAGUUUCUGAUCAACAACGGUGUCAUGUCGGAUGUCACCUUCCUAGUGGGACCAGACAGGCAGCGAAUCUACGGUCAUAAGUUGAUUCUAAUGAGCGCUGCGGAUCAUUUCUUCGGUCUGUUUCAGAACUCGAAAGCCACCGAAAUUCCACUGGAAGACGUUGAGCCGAGCGUUUUUCUGGAUAUAUUACGGUUCCUGUACUGCGAGAAGAUCGUUUUUACGAUCGAGAAUGCUCGUGAAAUUUACUUGCAAUCGAGAAAGUGGUCCCUGGAAAAGGUGAUGGAAGCGGCGAUCAAUUUUCUGAACCAGUACAUCGAUUCGACUAAUGUGCUUAAGGUGCUGCGGGAAAAUCGUGUUUAUGACAUGAAGAUGGUUGAAGAGAAGUGUUUGGAAAUAAUUUGCGAGAAUCCCUUCCGUUACACCGAGCAAGAGGGUUUCAGGUUGUUGGACCGCGAAUCGCUUAAACUAAUAGUUACUGCUAAGACAAUCAAUUGUUCGAAAGAUCAAUUGAUGGGUGUUUUGGAUGCGUGGCAGGAGGUGCAGAAUAAAGAGGAUGUCGCCGAUUUAAGAGCAGCUAUCAAAGGCUCUAAUCCAUUAUUUGACUGUGAUCAACUUAGGUUUUUUGGUUACCUCAAUAGCGGUUAUGUUCCGCAAGGGUCAUUUCACCUCACCUCCUCUAAUCGCCGCGUCAGCGGUAUACGAUUGAUUGGAUUAGGAGUGAUUUACUUCUCGCAAGAAAAGAACGUCACUGUGACCGUAAGCUGCGCAUCCGGAGAAUCUGAUAUCGAGAAAACUUGUGCCUUCAGAAACCCUUGUAUGUCUACAGUGAACGUAGCUGAUAUUUUCUUCGAACAUUUGGAAAUAGAAGUUGGAUAUAGUAUUAGUGUGACUGUUAAGUUCUCAACUAAUGUAGAUUAUUUUCACUUUGCUUUUUACGAACUUUAUCAUAGACACAUCUCCAUAUCGUCUAAGAAGAUAACGCCGCCUAUCGCUUAUUUUCACUAUAAAGAAAUAGAACAAAAGUGGUAAAUUGCACUCGUCUAACGAGAUAUACAAUACAUAGGAAAUAAAUGAACUCUUAAUCAUACAAGCAAAAACUAAUUAUGUUAUCUCUCAGACUUACAGCUUAUAACCCGUCAGGGGUAAUAAAUUAGUAUUAGAUGGAAAAA